AUUGAAAAAAAAAAAAAAAAAAAAAGUUGGGGGAUAAACAAAAACCUUAUCUUUGAAAUUCAGUACAAGAGGAAGAUUUCCCAAAAUUGAAAGCAGAGCAGAGCUAAGAAGCACCCCCAAAAAUGUUGGCAAGCCACUCUCUCUCCUCAACCCCUUCAUCUUCUGCUCUUACAAUUCCCCCAAAAUGCGCACUUCUUGCAAAAUCUUCAUUUCAUGGCCUCCGUCUUCCCUCCAUUAACCCAUCUUCAUCCCUCCGCCUCCGAGCACAGCCACCGCCGUCGUCUACGGUGGUUAUGAUGGCGAAGAGAGAGGAGGAAUUGAAGGAGUUAAGGGCCAAAUCCAAUGAAGAACUCAAUGAAGAGAUUCUUCAGCUUAAAGGUGAACUCUUUAUGCUCCGACUUCAACGGUCUGCUCGUGAGAAUUUCAAGCCCAGUGAUUUUGGUCGAAUGCGCAAAAGGGUUGCACGCAUGCUUACCGUGAAGAGGGAACGGGAGAUAGAGCAAGGAGUGGGUAAGAGGUUGUCAAGGAAGCUUGACAAGGAGUGGAAGAGAAGCAUCGUUGUGAGGCCACCUCCUUCACUGAAGAAGUUACAAGAGGAAAAGGUAGCUGCAGAGGCUGAAAAAUCGUAAUGAGCUUCCGACCUGUUAGUAAUGUAUCGAUACAGAGGAAUGUUUCUAGUUAUUCAUGGUAGGAGUUUGAUUUCAGAAUCUCAAAUCAACUUUUUAUUCUGUAUGAGAUGAUUCAUGUGUAAAUUUUGGUUCCCCCCUUUCCUCUGUGUGGCUAUUUUUGAAAAUUCAAAAUAUGAAUUUCUGAGUUCAAAUUAUGAAUAUCAAAGUCAACUGUAGCAUCUGCA